CUGACAGUUCAUUCCUGAAAUUGACAAAUGCAAGGUGACCUAAAAUGAUUUUUCCAGUAAUAGUUCCAGUAGCAAUCGAAAUUAGAAACUAUCAAUUAUUCACAUCAAAUCUGUGCAAAAUAAUAAAAAAAUCCUGCAGUAUUAGUCUCUUGAUCGGUUUUGUAGUGCUCUUUACAAGUCUUAUUGACUUACUGUUUAAAAGUUAUGACAAUGAACUCUCAGCGAUAUACUUGAUGUGUUCGUUUCUGGCAGGGUUUGCCUUGUUUUCAUUCCUAGGAGUGAUGGGAGCUGUGAGGAGAGACAAGUGGAUAAUCUUGGCUGCCUUCGUCACCUGGCUGGGGGUCCUGCUCCAGUGGCUCUGCAUGUGUUGUAUCUUGUUUGCUAUUUGGGACAGCAUCCCGAACAUUUGCAUCAACCGGCGUUGUCCAGACAACUUAUGGAUGAGUGACUUCUACUGGCAAGCUUUCCGACCCACUGAAGAGUCUUCAAGCUUUCACAACUAUACUUCAAACUCCACACAAACAAACAUUGCUCUAAAGAAGAACUCAUGGUACCUCAAUCUCUCCAUCUUGAUUUUCUUGAAUUUCAUGUUUUACUUGUCAAUGCUGGGCAGUAUGCUUUGGAACUACUUCCAGGCCCUCUGUACAUGCAUGGAUGAGAAUCAGCAAACAGUGGAUACUCCAGUUAUGUAUGUUUUGGUCGGACGAGCUUUAGAAGCUUUGGAGGUACCUUCCAAAACAGAGGAGAAGACAAGGACUCCAAAUGUAAAGGCAGUAGAUGAUUCCACAUCAAAGGCACAAGUAUAAACAUAGGAACUGAGGUAAAAGUCAAAGGGUGAUGAAAAGCAAUUUGUUGUAAAAAUAGUCAGUAACAUACUUUUAAGUAGUGAAAUCAGUUUGUUUUGACCUUUUUACCUAAAUUACUUGGAUUUCAAUUAUCUGGAUCAAUUUGAACCUGGAUAUUAAAAUAUACAGUUAGUUAGGUUUCAAUAAAAAAAGGAAAUAUCUCAAGAAAAUAUUUACUCAUAAAAUUAUUUACUGAAUUUAACAAUAAAAACAACUGUUAUAUAAACAAUGAUGUAGCGCUACUGGAAUAUAUAUAUAUAUCGGUCAAAAUAAA